AUGGAGCUCAGUUGUGGCACCUAUGAGCAGUCGGCCUGGCACUAUCCGAUCGAGUGCACGAGGGCUCGCGAGGCAUUCUUCCUAGGCUUUGCAGAGAAGGUUGUGCCAUAUGUAAGAAUGACCAAAACCCUCGUUAUAGACGGAGCCCGCUCAGUCGGCGCCAUGGUCGACAUCCUGGAGGCUGGCUGGAGUGCGUCAGCAGUUGCGUCAAGCGCUUUUUUGACGAACAGGAUUCUGGUCUCAGAGACAUGUUGUCAGGAGCACAGGUGCGACGGAUGGGCCGCAAUGCGGAGCCCUUUCAGUCAUUCAGACAAGAAGUCAGUAAGCCUGUUCAAAGACGUGGUUGCGCGCACUGCUCAAGUAACUGAGAGUAAGGGACGACUGUAA